UGCGAUUCUGGGACGGGCUACAAAAAAUCUGGGAACUGGACUGGGAAAAGAACUGAUUCGCAUAUAGACUUUGAUUUUCUUUCAUUUUGUUUGUACCAACUACCCCCUGUAUUCUCUAGGUUUGGUUGACUUUGACGCACAACCAGCUACCUCGCGGUCCUGGUUUUGAGCGAGAGCACCAAGGAUAUGUCAGCAACGCUUUCCUACUUUUUUAUUUUCCCUUGUCAGAACAACAAGGCGAUGGCGAUGAUGGAUUUACUACCACUACACUUUUAUUAUUCCCCCAUUUCUUUUUUUCUGCUUUCUCAUGGUGUGCUCGAGACCGGGGGGCUCCACGGCCAGUCGUUCGCUCAUCUGUGGGCGAAGCGGGCUUGGAUAGACUCUGGGAUUGACAAAAGAAGAUACCCCGCGGGUUUAGCCCUCUUUAGACUGCAUAUGUAUAGUACUGCCAUCUAUAAGAGCCAAGAUAGCUACACAGCGCCAGCGCAUAGGAAGAGGAGAUAUCCAAAUUCGAAACAAGAAACAUUUCAAAUAUUACAUCACUCUUUUUUUUCUUUUUCUUGCACACCGAUAUUUGACUUGAAGCCCUACUGAUCCUGCCUACCUAGGCGAGUGCCCAAUCUGACGUAGAGACAUUCCAGAUCUGGCAGAUGUGCGUGAGUGUGUGCAGGAUGCAUCUGAGACGGACAGGGGUAGUUGUUGGACGAGAGAGCAUUCCUCACCCCCCGUAUGAGGGCGGCGGCCGUCGUUGCUCUCGAUGGCCAUGCCAUGCCAUGCGACUCGA